UCCUGGAUUUUCAAAUUUUCCAAAAUGUGGAACAAAUUUAUAGAAUGUUUUGGACAAGAAUUUUCUAGUCUCUUUGAUUAAAUUUUCUGUAGAUUUUGAACAUGAACAGCGGACAGUUUAUUACAGAUAUUGUUGUUGUUUCUGGUAAAGACAAAUGCCUGCCCGGUUACACAAUUGUAAGUACACCUUGUGUCAAAUUUGUGACUUUUUUGUGUGUUUUAGUUCUGAUGUUGUAUUGUGUGUUUAUUUACUUGUAAAGUCAGUUUAAAGUGGUGAAGUUUCUGUGAUAAGAGACUUUGAGCACGUUUUCUUGCGUUAACAAACUUUGAGAAGUAGACUUUGGAAUUUGAAUAAUUUGUUCUUUAAUGUAGUAUAAAAGUAAACAUGAAAGUGAUGAAACACAACUAGUUCACAAAGAAAAGAAAAUAUAUGUAUAAAUAUGUCAAACAGACCGAUCAUCUUUCAGGAUGAACUAUGUAUUACGGAACUCACCGAACUGUGGAAUCGCAUCAAAAACUCGUAUUGCUGCCACUCGCACAAACGUCUAUGACCUCGCCUACAUAUUUUUUAUUGUUUACAAUUCUAAUUUGAAAUGGUCAAAUCCGGUUCUUGGUAACAAUUACAAUUAAACGUUGAUUGGCUGUUUAAAAAAUAUGUAGGUUCAGUCAUAGACGUUUGUGGGAGUGGCGGUGGCGAUACAAUUAUUUAUGCGAUUUUGUUUGCCGAGUUUGGUGAGUUCCAUAAUAUACAGUACACAUAUGUUUAUCUGGGUACAUGAAAUACACACUGUCAGAUACUGUACCAUACUUUGUGUCGAUGGUAGUCUGUCUGUUUGUUGCAUUUAAUGUUUUUCAUUUUGUGUAUUUCAUCUUGAAAACGUCGUUGCUACUGUACAAUGGCAUUGAAAUUAUGUUGUUUUAAUAAAUUUAAUGCCACUUUCAUUUGUGUUGCAAUUUGUUUCGAAACCUUUGUCAUUAUUGGAUUGUCGGGCGACAAUCGAAAUCGGUAAAAUGAUCUGUAUUUUCCGAUCAAUUGUGUAAAACCAACAUUGAGAAUUACGUAUGUUGCACAUUGAUUGUCAGAUUGCAACUGAAUCCACUUCUUCUUUUUUUGAAAAUAUUGACAAUCCAAUGUUUAAUCUCUCACAUGAACGAUAUUAUGUUGCAUGUUAGGUGUGGUGCAAACGUUGUUGUGACAAAAGUAAUUUGUGAAGCUUGCCAUUUAUGGAUGGUUUUAACUAACUUUGGUUGCUGAGUAACAUGUUACAAUGGAAAUUUGCAUUAAAAUAUCGAAAUGAAUGACGUCAUUAUGAAAUCGGAAUUGUGCAGAUUGUUGCAUCACGGGUUGCAUGAAUAGACCUUUCCAAGGUUUCUACCGCCAUAUUGCAGGGGGUGCAAAAACAUUGGGCCGAGCGCGCGGCCACCAAUGGCGCCCAUACUAUUUCCUAUUGAGUGAGUGAAAAUUACCUUUUGUCGUUUUGACAUUUUGUCCUUUUUCUCAAAAAUUUCUAUACAAGCAUAUCCAAUUUUUAGAUAAUCGCUGGUUUUUUUCUGAUAUGUGGCCGAGAUUUCUUGCUAAUCAAAGGACAGGAAGUAAUAAAAAACGACGGCUUUUGUUGUACAACUUGACCGACGUUUGAGCGAUGAUUUUUGUACAAAUAUACAAAAUAUAAACAGUAAUAAUGGCGGACACCAAAGGACUUACACACUUAAUGGACAAAUAUUCUUCCAAAGAUCGGUUAAACAAACGUAAUAACAAGAAUCAUCGCUCAAACGUCGGUCAAGGUGUGCAACAAAAGCCGCCGUUUUUUAUUACUUCCUGUCUUUCGAUUAGCAAGUAAUCUUGGCCACAUAUCAGAAAAAAACCAGCGAUUAUCUAAAAAUAAAAAUUGGAUAUGCUUGUAUAGAAAUUUUUUGAGAAAAAGGACAAAAUGUCAAAAGGUAAUUUUCACUCACUCAAUAGGAAAUAGUAUGGGCAUUGGUGGCCGCGCCCUCGCCCCAAUGUUUUUGCACCCCCUGCAAUAUGGCGGUAGAAACCUUGGAAAGGUCUAUUGGUAAUUAGUAAAUUCCGAUUGUGGCACAAUUGGUCAAUCACUAUGCUCAAGUAAUUUCUCCAGAUGGAUCAUUUGUCUCCAGUACAAAAUGACCAAUAGAUUAUAUUCAUGGUAGUUUUUGUAAAUAUUUCUUUGUAGCUUACUACAACAUUCAGUGGUAAUCAUGAUGCAAAUCUCUAUGAAGGAUCUUUCCUUAAAGGAGGUGGAAGAUAUUUGUGUUUUGCAAAAAUACAGGUAAAUUGUGAUGGUUUUCAAUGGUCACCACGCUUGAGAAAGUGCUAUCAGUAUUAUUAAUUUCACAAAAACUAUUUUUUAUACUAUUAUAAAUAAAAUUAUUACUGUAAUAGUACAGUACCCUUAUUAAAUAAACUACCAUACUUUACAUUUCUAAUUGAUUUAUUCUUGUUUAGAAUUCACCAACAAUGGUCACAGAUAUAACUAUUGUGAAGGAAAAAGAUUCCAUUCCUACCGGCUUUACUGCUAUAAAGACUUGUGCUAAUGAUGGUUAGUCACAAUGGAGGGUGGGAAAGGGGGGGUAUGGAUCACGUUUCACAACGGAAAAAAAGCUGUUUCACAAUUCAUGUGUCUUAAAAAAGCAAUUUCACAGAAAACUAGAUUCUAAUAAAAUAACAUAAUAAUAAUAGGUGUAUUAAGAAUAUGUUUAAUGCAUGGUACAGUAUCUACGCUUUAAGUUCUCUCACUUCUCUACCUGUCAGUUCAAAACUACAUCAUAACUUGCAAGUUUGAGUCAAGUGAGUGACAAGCAUGUACCUCCGAAAGGCCUCCGAAGUUUUUACUCUUGUACAAUCGAGUGAGAUCAUAUAAAUUGAUUAUCGCGUAUCAUGUUUAUUAUGACUAUUAUAAAAUAGAUCGAAAUAAACAAAGCAAAAUUACAUUUCAUGAAGCAGACAUCCUUAAUUCUCAUUCACAUGUAAUGGAGCAUUUUUAUCGACAAUCACGCCUCACGGCUGUAGAACAAAUCACAUUUCACGACAGUGACAAGCAUUUCACACGAACAAAUAUUGACCAUUCACGGCUCACGAAAAUACCCUUUCCCACCCUCAUAAUGAUUUGAACAUGAGUUUUAAAUUUGCUGUGAUCCCUAAGGGUUGCCUGUGGUCCUGCCUUUGCAUUUGUGCAAAAGCUUUCAAAACAUUUUUUUAUCAGUUGAAACUAAUUGUUUUGAUGAAAAACAUCAGUAGUAAAUCUUUAACUGCUUGUAUUACAGCAAGUGAAAAAUCCUUCCGGAAACAUGUGCUGUGCUUGAAAACGGAGAGCAAUCAGAAAGCUGCAACUGGUGUGGUGAAUAUUGUGGCUGUGCAGCAAUCGAAAGGAGAGAAGAUUCUCGGAAACUUUUAUACAAUAUCGUAAGUUGCAAGUCAUAGUUAUCUCUAUCAAACAUUUGAAAUACUCACCAUAUGAAAAGGAUGAAGAAUUGAAUUGCCUGUGUGUGUACUAAGUUUAUUUUAAUUGUUUUGUUUAGAAAUGAUGUAAAUGGUAUCAAUAUCUCUUAUCAGACAAUCCCAAAUGGUAUUGUGAGACGGCCACCACCGUAUAAUUCGGCUAUGACCUACAGACCUCCAAAUGUACAUCAAGGGUGAGUCUUUGCUUUUGUCCAUUAUCAAGAAACAAAGUGACAAACAAAGUUAUGAAAUACUGUAUUACUGUACAAUAGCAUCCUUAAACAAUACCAUCCUUAAAAAAAUAUUGAAGGGAAAUUUCCAAAAUGAUUUGUUACACUUUCUAGUGUUAAAUUGAUUUGUAUUUACAUGUGUACAUUUUAUAUUUUCUGUGUUUUAUAGUUACCCCGGUGCAAGUCAAGCAUUGCCUUAUUCUAGCCCAGGACAUCAUAUGCCUGUGCCUGUCAGUCUGCAAGGAACAGCACCAACCACACAGAAUCAACCAUCUUCACCCGUCAAUAAACAAACAUCAGGUACAUAUUAAGGUACAUCAGGUACAUUUUGGUCUGAAAAUGCAUAUAGGGUGAAACCACAAGCAUACUUGGCCUGUUUUUAUCUUUCUUUUUCAAAAGACACAAGUUCAAAUUUUUCUUUUAGGAAAACGAUGAUACAGUAUUCAACUCAUAAAAAUGUAUUUUAUCGUUUGUAGCAAUUCAAGGCGUGUUGUUUCAGGUCAAUCCAAAGUUUGAACUUUUGUGGAAAAAAGCGAACGUGAGUAAUUGCCAUGUUUGAAUGUGGUCUUGCAAUACAGGAAGCGUUAAAUAAACAAAUUGGUUGUCGAAGGAUGUUGAGCUAUUUUAAAAGAAGCUUCUUCAAUGUUUCGAGGGAAAGAUCUUUGACUACAGUUUGUUACUUAAUCCUGCUGCCAUGCGCCCCAAUGCACCAUGCUUGCUAUUAUAGUCUGUUUUAUACCAGUUUAUUGUGUACAGUAUAAUGAAGAAGAUCUUUUAAAUCUAUAAUGCCAUUUAAUACAUUCAUUGGUUGAAAAAUCUUUAUGAAUCUAAAAUCUCUACAUUAUUUAUUUGUUUAGGUAUCAGAACAAAUAAGAGGGAAUCGAUGUCCUGGAGAUAUUGAAAAAAAGGUAAUCAGGCUAUAUAUACAUGGAAUCAUAGACAAGCCAGAAGACACUGUUCAAUGUCUUCUGGAUUGUCUAUGAUCGAAUUUUAAUUGAGGCAAAUUAACGUUUUAAAGAACUAGAUUUUUUGGAGGUCAUAUGUCAUUGUGUUUGCGAUCUAAAUUCUCCCCCCAAUAUAUUUUGUGAACUGAGCACCACUGAGAUUUAUGUUCUCUGUUUGAAUUUACUUUUAAUUACUAUCUACAGCACUUUAUUUAUCUUCUAGUACCGCUACACAUUUGAAACUGAACAAAACAUUCUGUCAUCAAGAUAAUAAACAGUGCCAGACUGAGUGAACAUUAAUAACUGAAUUCUAGAGCAGGUUCUCAUUAAUAUUACAAUAUGUAUUAUCGAGUUCCCUCGAUAACAAUUUAAAAUUAAUAACAUUUUCUAGUGUUUAGCCUUCGACUAAUCCUUAAUUAAACUUCCGUCCGUUUUUUGCCACUUUUUUGAUUGUUGAAAGAGGCAAAAAUGGCAAAAGAUUAAUGCAAUAAUGGUUAACCCUUAUCGUUUCGUCCAUUUUAGCUAUUUUUUUGAUUUUUGAAAAAGGGGCAAAAAUGCAAAAAAGUAAAGGUUAACCUGCCUCGUCCCCAGGCGCUAAUUAAAAAAUUUGCGAAUCACUAUAUGAAAGGUUACAUGAAGUAGUGCGUCACAUUAUAGGCGCGAGCAAAGGACAGUGGGAUAUGACGAUGCCUCAAGCCCAUAACUCCCUGCGCUUGUUCGUCAUGAUGCACUACUUCAUGUAAACCUUUCAUAUAGUGACUCGCAUGAAAUUUUUUAUUAGCGCCUGGGGACGAGGCAGAAGGUUAACCCCUUUAUAACUUUUCGUCCAUUUUUCGCCACAUUUUUGAUUGUUGAAAAAGGGGGGGAAUACAGGCUUACCCCUUAACGUAUUGUUCAUUCAAAUCACUUUUUGAUUUUUGAAAAUUUAAUUAUCAUUUUUGCCCUUUUUCAAAAGUCUAAAAGUGGACCAAAAACGAAGGUUUACCGCUUUCCUUUUUGUCAUUUUUGCUCCUUUUGCAGCGAUCAAAAAAGCGCUACAUAUGGAAGUUAUAGCCUUACUCUCUCGGGAGAAUUGUGAAAUUUAGAGCUUGUGAAAUGGCUGGAAAUGGUUCUAAUUUUACUGUAACGUUAUAACGUGUACUGGAUCAUUGUGAAACGGUACAUAAACACCUUUUGUCUCAGGUAUAUAUCUUUACAGUUUUUUCGCAAACAUAUAAUUUGACGGAAAAAUUAAAUGUAGCUAGUAACAGUUUGGUUUUCUACUUAAUAAAAUAAAUGGCAUACUUCGAAACCCGGACUCGGACUCUAAGAAAAUCCGGACUCGAGAAAAACCCGGACCCGGACUCGAAAAAAUCCGGACUCGUGUUUAAGAAAACCCGGAUUUGACUUUUGAAAACCCGGACUCGAAAUAGAAAAAAACGGAUUCAAAACAAGGACUCUGUGUACGAGAAUGCAAAUGUUUUUUGGAAAGGUUUAAUAAUAGUUAACAUGAUAAACGAUGAUCUCUUUAUAACAAUAAUCCGGUAUAUAUCUUUAAAUAAAUUUCUAGAGUGCUGUUGCACAGUCUGUCGUAGUGCUGAUAAAGAAUCUGAGUUGCAUCGGUAAUAUUAAAUUUGCGGAUUUGUUCUCUCGCGCGGGUGUCCAUAUCUCUUCCCGCUUUCUAUAUAUAGAUAUAGAUAGAAUACUUUAUUUGAAAAGCAGUAAGCUUGGUUUCGAAAGGUG